AUGUGGAGGGUCGUCCUUUCCUUAGCUUCAUGUGCUUUUGGAGCACAAGUUUUUGUUCAACACAAACCGGAAUCGGUUGAUUUCAAUAUUGAAAAUGCACCAGCAGAUGCUGCUUUGGAGGCGAUGCGAAUUUCUGUUGGGCUUGAGCCGCAGUAUGCCUUUGACAUGAACGUCUUCAAGAAAUUCAAUCCCUUCGAAAAAGCUUCCGCCGCUGUUGCCCUCGUUGUUCCUGAAAUCAAGGAAUCAAGCCUAGCUCUCAGUGGCAAAUUUAUCGCUCCUUCAACCGAGCUUGCUUAUCCUGAUGAUAUUGCCGGAAUGCCACUUGCUGAGCAAUCAUUGACGAUUUUGCAGACUACGGCUGAGGAUUAUUCAGCAUUUGUGAAGAAAAUCAGCGAAUCAUUAGAGGCGAAAUAUGGGGAGAACUACGUCUUCUUCGUUGUUAGCGGAAAAACCGAUGGAAGCUCUGCUGCGGACAGGCAAAUGCUCCAGGCUGAUAAAGAGCCUCUUAUUUCCUGGGAACCGCGAAAUGAGAACUACUCCAUCAUGCUCGCUAUUAUUGGUUUAUUCAUUCUCCUCGUUGUCUUCGGAAUCGUAGCCUUCGCUUUUAUGACAGCAAAUAUCGGCCCAGGAGACAACAUCGCUUACAAACUUGGUGCAGCCCAUUCGAAGAAAAACCAAUAA